AUGAGGCAAGAGAGGAAACCGAAGAUCUCAGCUUCAAGGAAGCUGAUGCUCAAGAGUCUGAUGGUGGCAAAGGCCAAGGAGGAAUUGGAACAGGAGGUUGUGGUCAAAGAGGAGGAGAAACAUAACUAUCUGUCAGAGAGAGCUCCUCCUUUAAACACCAGUGGUCUGAGCCUUGGACAGCUACAGGACCUCUGCAGAGAGCUCCAUUGCAAAAUAGAUGUGGUGGAUGAGGAGCGAUAUGAUAUUGAAGCCAAAGUCAUGCUCAACAAACGAGAGAUCAAAGACCUGAACAUAAAGGUGUUGGACCUCAGGGGGAAAUUUAAGAGACCUAAUCUUCGCCGUGUUCGUGUGUCUGCUGACGCCAUCCUUCGCUCGCUGUUGGGCUCCAAGCACAAAGUCUCCAUGGACCUCCGGGCCAACCUCAAGUCUGUCAAGAAAGAGGACACCGAGAAGAAGAGGCCAGCAGAGGACAGUGACUGGAGGAAGAACGUGGAGGCCAUGUCAGGGAUGGAGGGAAGGAAGAAGAUGUUCGAUGCUGCAAAGGGUCCUACCCAGUGA